GCAUGUAAGGGUCCAUCGGAUCAAGUAUGAUUGUGAAGUCUGAAAUGAAAAGGACCAGAAACGGAUAAUAUGAGCUGGUAAGAAAUCAGUACGUGAUUAUUGUUCAGCUAUGCGACCCCUUUCCGGGACACGAAGCAUAAAUGCUGAUAAUGACCCCCUUUUUAGAGUGAUUGCUGUCACAAAGGACUCAUCAGAGGUUCAUACCGCCACGAGGACUAAGGAACGGGGUGUAGAUCGCGGGGAUGAAAGACCUCCCCAAUUCAAUGCGCGAUCGCUGUAAGAUGUGCGUAUAGAGCUUGCCGCGUACGCAGCACCUGCUGGCGUGCGUGAUGAUUGUAAUAUAUGACGCCCCAAGGGAGUGCCUGCAUAAAGGCGCUGGUGCCUUUGAGAUUGACUUUUUUGCGACAAGACUACGGACCGCGUCUGCCAGUGCAUAAAGGGAGUGGCGAUAGCGAGCAUGCUGCCUUGUUCAGGCUCGAGGGCAACGACGACCUGUUACUUGCAGGGUUGAGCCAGGAACGUGUCGUAAACCACUGAUCAUGACAGACGGUGCCUCCAAGAGGAAAGCGCGCGCCACUGUCCCGCGACCCAAUUAUCGAAGACGUAGCAGUAAUGAAGAAGGUUCACAUAAUCAACCAUCUUCUUCAAAACGCAGCGCCAGAUCUGGUAUCAAGGAAGGCAAGACCAAGGAGGUCAAGAAUGCGGGAAAGAACCGUCUAUUCACUCUGCACACACGAAAUUCUGAGUCCGCCAAGGGAAAUAGUUCACGCGAGAGAGAUCUCGUCAGAAAGGAAAGACAGCUUCAGCGCGAAUCGGAGACACUCGAAAAACGACUGGCCCAUGUUUCACUAAAGGAAAAAGAAGCGGUGGCUUUGAUCGAGCAGUGUAAAGAACAUACCGCCAAGUUCACGCUCAACCAGCUGGAGGAGCAUUUUACUUGUCCACUGUGCUUUGAGAUUAUGGCAUGUCCGUACUCCUUGAACCCGAGAUUAUGCGGUCAUACCUUCUGUGCGAUGUGUAUCCUUAAAUGGUUCUUCUCCCACCUUCAUCGCUCUUGCGGCGCGUGGCAUGACUCUGUAGACUGUCCCAUGUGCCGAUGUACACUUUACCCCACUCCGGAUGACGUUCCUCGUCCAGAAUAUACAUUCCCCUUCACCCCAAACAGAACAGUAGACUGCGUCAUCAAAAACAUGCUCACUAAUCUAGGAAGAGACGUAGAAGCCAAGCAAAAUUUCGCAAUCUGGGCGACAGAUUGGAAAUCAGGCGGCAACGCAAGAAAAGACUGGGAAAGAAAAGACAGAGAUGGAAGAGAUUUGAUGAACCGUCUCACCGAUCGUUGGAUGGAUAUGAAAUCCCACGAGUUCAUUGCCAUAAAGGUGGAACUUGAGGUUUGAGACUCCUUAUCGCUUCCAUGCUGCCAGCCUCAUCACUCGGCUACGCUAAUGCUCAAUCGUACCGGAUAAUGAAAAGCCAGGAAUGCUGUAUUCAUGUGGCGCGUCCCGAGCACGAUCCGGACUAGUUCUUGUCACCGCAAGAUCUUCGAAUCUCCUCGCGUCGUUGCACUUCUAUUAUUCUUGUUUUGAUCCUGUGUUCCAUACGUCCAGUGACACCUUGAGAACCACUGGAACAUUCUACCCUUCCAUGUCUUUUCAACCUUCGGCUCCGCGCUGAUGCAUGAUAAUCGUUCUAGUAAAUGGACCUGUAUUUGGACUUGUCUCACGCUGCUCUAUGCUCUGUAACCUUAUGCUCUCUGAUUUCAUUGUGAUAUCAAUGUAGGCAUUGUAAACUAAACAACCAUACUGUAAC